AAUAAAGUGCUGGAUGAGACGCAGUUCAGCAAUCCGAAAUCGUUUGAUUACGAUUUCGAAGAUGAUCUCCGGAAACCGGCCGAUACCAACGAUAUAUACGAUGAAUUGGUGCCCUAUCUGCCCACUUUUGUUCUGCACAAAAACGGAAAAGAUGUUGGAAGAACAAGUGUAAGUUUUUGGGAUCUCUUAAUGACCCGAGCGGAUACAUUUAAGAUUAUCCGUAUGGAACUCUAUGAACCACUGGUAUGCUCUCAUGAGACAACGUAG